UCGGUAAGUCACCUACCUGUCUUAUCCUGCCGCCGACGUGAUCCAUUUCAGGGCUAACGUUCCUUGCAGAGCGCAGACAUCGUACGUCCAUGUUUUCUCGGUUCCCACCACAUGACGAGAGGAUCAGACUUCUGACAGUGUCGUCGUCGCAGAACCCCAUCGGUUCCAUCGACAAGGCGGACCUGAAGCGCUUUAUCGCAUGGGCUGAAACCAACUUCGACCUGCCUUGCCUCCACGAGUUCCUGACGGCGGUUCCCACAGCCGAGCUUGAACCAAUCACACAGGACUACGUCCAGAGCGAUGAAGCGGACAUGGGCAUGACGUACCAGGAACUGACCAUCUUCGGCCGGCUCCGCAAGCUCAACAAGCUCGGCCCGUUCGGCAUGUUCCAGCGGCUGGUGCACGACUGGAGCGCCGACCGCGAGCGCAAGCCGGACGACGAUGCGCCGUACUACACGCCCGCGCAGGUGGCCGAGAAGGUCAAGAAGUUCUUCCACUUCUAUGCCAUCAACCGCCAUAAGAUGACCACGCUGACGCCCGCGCUCCACUGCAACGACUACUCACCCGACGACAACCGCUUCGAUCUGCGGCCGUUCCUGUACCCGCCCUUCUGGAAGAGCUGGAGCUUCAAACGCAUCGACAUGGAGCUCGAGAAGAUUGAGAAGAAGCGGGCGAGCACGAAGCACUGAUUUCAUGCCUGGAAAAGAGAAAGGGGGCGGGUAUCUAUUGUAACACAGUAGGCAAUAUGCUGCUGGUUCGUUAAC